AAUGACCAAAAUAAUAAGUCAGACAUUCUCUGAAGUCACUGAAUUUCCGCUAUAUCUCCCUUUUUAUUGGGGGGCGAACUGCCGCUUUUCACAUGUAUAUCUUAAGUGCUGGUAGUGUACAAUGAUUCAUCUUUGCCAUGUCAAGGGAAGACAAGAUAAGUGAAUCAUGUGACAGCAUUCACAUGACAUAACAGAAGUGAACGUCGCUUUGGUUCCUUUGCAGGCUCAGUCAGCUGCCAAGAUGGUGCUGGUACUGAAGUGGUUUGUUGCGACUUUGUUGUUUCUGUGUGAGGCUCAGGGGUUCCCUAAGGUGGUUCGGGUGUUGAAUAAUUUGGAGUUCACUGAUCCCAAACCUGAGUUUAAAGAGAAAUACUUUUCUCAAAUUUUGGACCAUUUCAAUUAUAAUUCCUUGGGGAAUGGCACUUAUCUUCAGAGAUACCUCAUCACAGAUCAGUACUGGAAGAAAGGUGGGCCCAUAUUUUUCUACACUGGUAAUGAAGGAGACAUCUGGGCAUUUGCCUUAAAUUCUGGCUUCAUAACAGAGUUGGCUGAGAAGGAAGGAGCACUGGUGAUAUUUGCUGAACAUAGGUACUAUGGUAAAUCACUUCCAUUUGGCAAUGACUCCUUCCACAUCCCUGAGGUGGGACUUCUGACGGUAGAGCAGGCCCUGGCAGACUUUGCAGUGUUGAUCACUGAGCUUAAGAAAGAGCUGAAUGCCCAGGAAUGUCCCGUCAUUGUUUUUGGUGGGAGUUAUGGUGGAAUGUUGAGCGUGUACAUGAGGCUGAGGUACCCGAACGUUGUGGCCGGAGCCCUGGCCGCCAGCGCCCCCAUUCUGUCCACAGCGGGCAUGGGCGACCCAGCGCAGUUCUUCCGUGAUGUCACUGCAGACUUUGAGAAUUACAAACCAGCCUGCCGGGAGGCAGUGCAGGAAGCCUUCCAGAAGCUACAGGCCUUGGCCCAGCAGGAAGACUAUGCCCGGAUCCAGUCUGAGUUCAGCUUGUGCAAGACUCCAUCGUCUGCAGCGGACAUCCAUCAACUAAGCGGCCUGCUGCGCAAUGCGUUCACCCUCAUGGCCAUGCUUGACUACCCAUACAAAACUUCGUUCAUGAGCAGCAUGCCACCAUUUCCUGUUAAGGUGGCCUGUGACACUAUGUUGAGAGGGGAUGACUUGAUGACUGCACUUAGAGAAACUGUUGGUAUUGUGUACAACUCUACUGGAACACUGCCCUGUCUUGAUAUCUACAAUCUCUAUAUUGAAUGUGCUGAUCCCACUGGCUGUGGUCUUGGUUUUGACAGUUUGGCUUGGGACUAUCAAGCCUGCACCGAGAUUGAGAUGUGCUUUGAGAGUAACAGUGUGUCCGACAUGUUCCCUCCCAUGCCCUUCACCCAGAAGCAGAGAGAGCAGUACUGUGCCAAGAAGUGGGCUGUGGUGCCACGGCCUGGCUGGUUGAAGACUCAGUUCUGGGGUGAUGCCUUGUCAACUGCCAGCAAUAUCAUCUUUUCCAAUGGGGAUCUGGAUCCAUGGGCAAAUGGAGGGGUUAGAAAAUCGUUGAGCUCAUCCCUGAUUGCAAUCAAUAUACCUGAAGGAGCUCAUCAUCUGGACUUGCGAGGAUCCAAUCCAGCGGACCCCGACUGUGUGAUCCAAGCCCGUAAAAAGGAAUCCGAGAUCAUCUCCCAGUGGGUACAAAUGGAGAGGAAAGAAUCCCGGGGCCUUACAUUGUAAUGGAAAACCAAUAUGUGGGUUUCAGAGAUUUGUAAUGAAAUGCUUGUCCUUAAUUAAGGUUAUCAUUUUUUUUUUUAUUAUAUAUAUAUAUAUAUUAUAUGAAUAAAACAAUAUUUUUAAUUUA